CGCCGUGAAUUUUUCAUAGGUGUUCAGUGUCGUCCGUGGGCACAGCGCGUGCGCUUCUUCCCGCCCUUUUUAAUUGUCAAUUCCACAUUUGAAUUUGAAAAUGGUGUGUUCCAUUUAACUUUUAGUAGCCAGUAUUGUAGUUGUUUUAAUAAACCUCUAGCCAGUAUUUUUGUAGUUACGUGAUUAAUAAAAUAACAAUGUCUGUUAAGAACCGAAAAGACCAGCAAGAUGACGAACAGAUCGUAAUGCUUCGGCGUGCGUUCAGCAUGUUCGACUCUCAGAAACAGGGCAAGAUCGAGAAGGACAAGAUUCGGACGAUACUCAACACGAUGGUGCACAACUACGAUGACCUGGAACUCGACAGGAUGCUAGACAGCGAAGACGCUGAUGGUAGUGGAAAGCUAAACUUCGACUCGUACGUUCGGGUUGCGCUACACUUCCUGGACGAGGACGACGAGGCGCUCCAGAAGGAGUUGAAGGAAGCCUUCAGACUGUAUGAUAAAGAAGGUAACGGCUACAUCCCCACAUCGAGUCUGCGCGAGAUCCUGGCCGCCCUUGAUGACCAGCUCACUCCAGACCAGCUGAACGAGAUGAUCGCUGAGAUCGACACUGACGCCUCUGGCACCGUGGACUUUGAUGAGUUUAUGGAGAUGAUGACUGGCGAUUAAGAAUAGAAGACAUAUACAACGAAAGUAAGCGAAAUGCUCUAGUCAAUAUAAUAAACAUUCUUUUUGA